AUGGGUCCCUGCUCCCUGCCCCCACCUGCAGGGACCACUUCUGAGUGUCCAAAAAAGGAUGUAGCUUAUGGGAAGCUUUCACAAUCUGGUUUCUUUUCAGUAAAGACCUGCUCUUUUACCCUUGCUGUCCGCCGCCACUGCCUCCUGCCCAUGAGGGAUCUGGCUGAAAGGAGCCGAUGUAGCGUGGACAUCGAGGCCAACCCACCGGCGGGGAAACCCGGCGGCGACCGGGCUAGGGUCCGCGUCCCCCCCUUCCGCUUCCGGGAUAGGCCUAGCGCCGCCGGAAGCCCACCCGAGGGGCGGGGCCCGCGCCCGCUACGUGGUGGCGGGCGCGUCGGCCGGCGCGAGGCGGUGACGCAAGGCAGCGGCGACCAGUGGAGAGCGGCGUUGGGGGCGCGCGAGGGCGCGCGGGUGGCGGCGCUGUGCCUCCUGUGGUACGCGCUGAGCGCGGGCGGUAACGUGGUCAACAAGGUGAUCCUGAGCGCCUUCCCGUUCCCUGUGACCGUGUCGCUGUGCCACAUCCUGGCGCUAUGCGCGGGGCUCCCGCCGCUGCUGCGCGCCUGGCGCGUGCCCCCCGCGCCGCCCGUCUCGGGCCCCGGGCCCGGCCCACAUCCGUCUCCCGGCCCGCUGCUGCCGCCGCGCUUCUACCCGCGCUACGUGCUGCCACUCGCCUUCGGCAAGUACUUCGCGUCCGUGUCGGCGCACGUCAGCAUCUGGAAGGUGCCGGUGUCCUACGCGCACACUGUCAAGGCUACCAUGCCCAUCUGGGUGGUUCUCCUGUCCCGGAUCAUCAUGAAGGAGAAGCAAAGCACCAAGGUGUACCUGUCGCUCAUCCCCAUCAUCAGCGGCGUCCUGCUGGCCACCGUCACCGAGUUGUCAUUCGACAUGUGGGGGCUCAUCAGCGCCCUUGCUGCCACACUGUGCUUCUCGCUUCAGAAUAUUUUCUCCAAAAAGGUGUUAAGAGAUUCACGGAUCCACCAUCUCCGGCUGCUGAACAUCUUGGGCUGCCACGCUGUCUUCUUUAUGAUCCCCACGUGGGUCCUGGUGGACCUUUCAGCUUUCCUGGUCAGCAGCGACCUGACCUAUGUGUCCCAGUGGCCCUGGACGCUCCUGCUCCUGGCUGUCAGCGGCUUCUGUAACUUUGCCCAGAAUGUCAUUGCCUUCAGCAUCCUCAACCUCAUCAGCCCUCUGAGCUACUCCGUUGCCAAUGCCACCAAGAGAAUCAUGGUCAUCACGGUGUCCUUGAUCAUGCUGCAAAACCCAGUCACCAGCACCAACGUCCUAGGCAUGAUGACAGCCAUCCUGGGGGUCUUUCUGUAUAACAAAACCAAGUACGAUGCCAAUCAGCAAGCCCGGAAGCACCUCCUCCCUGUCACAACGGGGGACCUGAGCAGUAAGGAACAUCACCGGAGCCCCCUGGAAAAACCCCACAAUGGCAUCCUCUUCCCCCAGCACGGGGACUAUCAGUAUGGCCGCAACAACAUCUUAACAGAUCACUUCCAGUACAGUCGGCAGAGCUACCCAAACUCAUACAGUUUGAACCGUUAUGACGUGUAGAGUGUAGAGGGCAGGGUGGUAACUGUGUGACUCCUUCCCCCACUCCCUAGCAGUACCAGAAACUUCUGACAACCAGUGAAUGUACAACCCAGCCGAGGGGACGGUGCACAACCAUCAGAAGACCCUGGGCUUUCCAGCCCCUUGGGGGCAGCAGGACGCUGCCCUGCAGCAAGGGCCACCGCCCUCAAGCUCCCGUGUUCCAGGCCCUUUCUUCCUGGAGUCUGUCAUCCGAGGGCUGUGUUGCUGUGGAGACCUUGGCCAGGUUUUUACCUUUCUGUGUGGACUUCUUCCCCAAGUUAUGUAUUUUGAGAGUUCUCAUUCUGCUUUCCAGAUAGUAUUUCCAGGUAACUCUCCAGAGAGGCGGGAUCACUGUGGAUGCAGACCUCCCUGAGCAGGCAAGAGGGGGUUCCCGGGGGCCAAGGAAAGGACAGUAGGAUCGUGCUGGAGAAUGACAAACUAGCUGCUUCAAUUCUGCUGCUCAGAUAGGCCAAGGGCCGAGGCAGGCAUGGAGCAGGGGGGUACUAAUUAAAAGCAUGUCCAGCAACAAAGAUGGACCCAGUUUCCGGCCAACCCCUUGGCCGUUUGCAGUUACUGGCAGAUCUUCCAAAGAGAAAAGCUACUGCAAUUAGCCUUGAAUUCUUGGAGCCUAAUUCUUUGACCUGCAAGUCAGAGUCAGUAUAUGUCCAGAUCCAGAGGGAAGGGCAGCUGCUGUCUCCUGUGCCCUCUCUUUCCUAGCCAGAGCAGGGCAUCUCUCCUUGCUGGGGACAGCAAAGGGGGAGUGGCUGAGGGGCUGUCAGAGCAUUAGGAAAUCACGUUCAGUGUUUCAAGCUCUGUUUUUGUAAUACUCGUUUUGUCUUUUCUGAUGAGUCUUCGCUUCUGUGACGACUUAGUAGGAUGUUUGGUGGGGAGAUGUUAACUUGAUGAGGAUCUUGCAUUUUUCUAGGGAAUAUUUUGCAGUUUUGUGUGUUUAUGCCGUUGUCUCCUAUGGGGGGUGGGGCGCAUGAGGACUGGCUUAUAGAUUGAAAACCCUUUUGUUCUUAAAUGUUUAAAAACAAGAAAAACUCCUUCUGGUGAUGCGUGUCAUGAUACAUUUCAGCAUUAGUAGGAAGCGCUGAAGUUUCUGAAGCUCCUAAUGGCCCCAGCCGCCGAAAGCAGAAUGAAUCAAGAAUGUCAUCUCAACAGUUUGUGUAAUAGAUGAGACCACAGCACUUUAAUUCCAUGACCUGAUCUGGUGGGGUGUCUGCAUUAGGAUCGGAACCAUGUCCUGGUGAAGGGGAGAAGCGGCAAGCACCAAGCUAGGAUUUGGGUUUGGAUAAAUCACGUAUCAGGAAAAUGAUGUGGCCCCAGCAGGUAGCCCAUGUGCCGAGGUUCAGGUCAGGGUCUCCAUCUUUCCUAGCGUCACAAGAGGAUGCUGUCCUCGCAGAGGGGACCACUGGCUCAGCUGCUGGGGUCCCUGGUGAUGUCUGCCUUCCUUCGGGGCUGUGCCCAACCUCUUGAAUAGGCACUCGGAGGAAGCUGCAGGUGGGACAGUGGGUCACCCUUUAUGUCUUGGUGAGACAUUUCCCCGUCUGAGGGAGUACCAUAGCUUAUGAUGGACUCCUGGUUUGGUUAUUUUUGUCAGCUUAUGAGUGGGCUGGCUGUUCCUGGAGGUCACCCGGUCCCCUUGUGGCCGGAGUUUAUGCACCACCAGCCUCAGGUCCCUGUGUGUUCACGUGUCGUUCACUUUCUUUGUAAUUAUUUUGGUUGGCCCAAGUUUUGAGACGGUUGCUGUGUAACACGGGAAGGAGAAAUCUGAAGGGCAUUUGUGAAGAGUUUGCUGAGUGUCUUCACAGAGGCAUUACAGUCUGUAGCUGAACUUUUCUCACUGGUGACUAGCAACAAAUGGGGGUAAUUCUGCACCACAAAGAUACUGUGGUAGUUGUUUUUAUGAUUAUAGUGACUGAGUCCUUGAACAGAUAAUUGAACUCCAAAAUGAACUGUGUGUCUUUUCAGGUUUAAUGAAAUUUAUGAUGUUGCUAAAAUUUGUAUAUUGUUUCCCUUUUCCAAUGCAAGAUCUGCUGGCGAGGGGAACGGACUGGUUUUAUUACGGUUUAUAAAUUAAUAAAUGGGGUAUUUAAUUCUGUACAUAAAUCUGCAGCAAGUACAUACACUGGAAUGAAUGAGACAAUCAUAUUAGACCAAAUCAUCCGAUCAAAAGACAAAGACAUACUUUUGAGACUUGAAGGUUCAGAGCUGACACUGACCUCCUGAAGGCCAGUUUUCCAGCCACUUUGGCCCUGGCCUACCACCCCUGCCCACUCCCACAUUCCCAUUUGCAGCUCUGUUCCCCUCUCCCUCUUCCUUGCUGGGGUUUGUGGCAGGAAAUUAAUCUACCCAUCCAUUGUGUGGUCUUGCCUACGACACUAACUCGAACCCAACUCCUUCAUUUUACAGAAGGGGAAACUGAGGCUCAGAGGGCAUUUUCGAAUAGUGUUUGUUCACUAUUUUGAGACUUGGUGUGGACUUUCUAAGCACCUUAUUUUAAGUCAUUCGUUAUAGGGAAAAUCAAACCCCUAUUACAAAGGAGAGAAACCAAACAUGUUGAAGUGAAGAAGCACUUGGGAUUUCUCAAUUUUGCUGUGUAUUUGGUAUACAUCAUGCAACAGGCCCUUUAUUGUUGCUGGGAUACAACCAGACCCGGGUAACUUAAGGUCUAACAGCCUUAAGGGGAUAGAACAUUAAAUUAUUAAAGGAACUGAAAAUUGUGAAUUCUUUUUUUUUCAGUGGUCACCUGUUUUCAAGAAUUAAAUGCUAUAGACUUCUGUGGGAUUGAUACUGUGUGUAUAUUCAUUGAUGGCAUUUACCAAAAAUAAACGAUGGUCUCCAGGGAA